UGUCAACAAUCACCAACCCAAAUUGAACAAAUCAUUGGACGCGCCCUUCUAGCUACUAAACAUUCGUUCUUCGAUUUCGGUUGUGUUCGUUGCUUGUCAACCAGAAACAUUUUUUUGUUUUGUUUUAAUUUUAAAAUUUUAAAACUCUGAAACUUUUUUAGAAUACUGACCAAAAAUGCGUGAAUGUAUAUCAUUACAUGUUGGCCAAGCUGGUGUACAGAUCGGGAAUGCCUGUUGGGAAUUGUAUUGUCUGGAACAUGAAAUUCAACCGGAUGGCCAAUUAUCACCUGUUAAAUCGACAACAACAUUGUCUUCAUCGGAAACUAUAUCGAAUGAUUCAUUUUCAACAUUUUUCAAUGAAACCGGUAAUGGGCGUUUUGUACCUCGUUCAAUUUAUGUUGAUCUAGAACCAACAGUUGUUGAUGAAGUACGUACGGGUGAAUAUCGUCGUCUAUUUCAUCCAGAACAAUUGAUCACUGGGAAAGAAGAUGCGGCUAAUAAUUACGCACGUGGACAUUAUACGGAAGGUAAAACACUGAUCGAACCAGUUAUGAGACGUAUCGCAAAAUUAGCUGAACAAUGUUCCGGUCUACAAGGAUUUCUUAUAUUUCAUUCAUUUGGUGGUGGUACUGGUUCAGGUUUCUCUUCAUUAUUAAUGGAACGUUUAUCGGUUGAAUAUGGAAAAAAAUCUAAAUUAGAAUUCGCUAUUUAUCCGGCACCUGCUAUUUCAACCGCUGUUGUUGAACCAUAUAAUUCAAUAUUAACCACGCAUAAUACAUUGGAACAUUCGGAUUGUUCAUUUAUGGUUGAUAAUGAAGCCAUUUAUGAUAUUUGUCGCCGUAAUCUAAAUAUUGAACGUCCAUCAUAUAUGAAUUUAAAUCGUUUAAUUGGACAAAUCGUUUCGUCAAUUACGGCAUCAUUACGUUUUGAUGGUGCACUAAAUGUUGAUCUGACCGAAUUUCAAACCAAUUUGGUACCCUAUCCAAGGAUACAUUUUCCAUUGGUUAGUUAUGCACCGAUUGUAUCGAGUGAAAAAGCCUACCAUGAACAAUUUACUGUUUCGGAAAUAACCGGUACAUGUUUUGAGCCAUCAAAUCAAAUGGUUAAAUGUAAUACACGUAAUGGUAAAUAUAUGGCCUGUUGCCUGCUAUAUCGUGGUGAUGUUGUACCAAAAGAUGUGAAUGCGGCAAUUGCUGCCAUAAAAGCUAAAAGUACCAUUCAAUUCGUACAAUGGUGCCCUACUGGUUUCAAAAUUGGAAUCAAUUAUCGUCCACCCACUGUAGUUCCGAGUGGUGAUUUGGCUAAAGUUCAACGGGCCGUUUGUCUAUUAUCGAAUACAACGGCCAUCUCUGAAGCAUGGUCAAGAUUGAAUCAUAAAUUUGAUCUUAUGUAUUCAAAACGUGCUUUCGUUCAUUGGUAUGUUGGCGAAGGUAUGGAAGAAGGUGAAUUUAGCGAAGCUCGUGAAGAUUUAGCAGCAUUGGAGAAAGAUUAUGAAGAGGUGGCUGCCGAAUAUAAUGCAGAUGAUGAUGAUUAUGAUGAUCGGGAUGGUGAAGAAUUUUAAGAAUUUCAAUUCAUUAAUCUACCCGAUUCGAUUAGAUUUAGAUUUUUAUGAUGAAUAAAUAAAUGAUUCCACAAUA